AUGAGAGGCAACUGGUCUGAAGUUGGUUUCACAAAAUCAGUGAGUGACUUCUUGGCAGAAUUGAGAUUGCACCCUGAAUCCGAAUGGGGAGGAGGCAGCAGCCCCGAUGCGUCAGAGCAAAGAUGGCCGCCUCCAUGGCCCACUGUGCCUGCACAAAGAACACAGAACACAGAACCGGAACACAGAACCGGCCUGUGUUCUGAAGAAAACACAACGGUGGCCAUGGACUUGGCGUCUCCCUUACUCUCAAAGAAGAUACUGCCUGUCUCUGGGGCCCCAGAGCAGGUGGCAAGUCAGCUGAGCAGCAAAAUGGCCGCAGAGGUUACUCAAAGCAGCGAACAGGAGCUGCCAGACCUCAAGGCACAGAGUCUGACCACCUGUGAAGUCUACAGUGCCUGCUUUGAGACAGAAAAGGGCCUGUCCAGCCACGAAUGUUCACAGCAGCAGCAGCUGGGGGUGGCAGAGUCAAAAAGCCAUGGUGAUCCUGUCGACCUGCUCUGCGAGCUGGAGAGGCAGAAGGGCCCGCCUGAUGCUCCGCUUGGGCUGCCCCCUAGCCCGACCAACAACUCCAACUCACCAAAGGAGUGGGUUGCUGGGGCUGCCAGCCCUGGCCUACUCACCCCGGACGAACCUAUGGAUGGGCCUCCUGUCAAAAAAGCGUUCAAGUCAACUUGUGGCUCCUCAGCCGAGGGCCUGGCCCACCCUUCCACCUCUCCUCUCCUCAAGAAGACCCCACUGACUCUGGCAGGAUCGCCUCCAACCAGGAAUCCUGAGAAGAGCCCCCAGCUGUCCCUGAGUCCCCUGCAGACUUCACCACAGGCACAAUGGCCCCAGUCUGAGGACAAGGGGCCUCAGGAUCUCACGUUAGAUAGUGACAGGGGCAGAGAGCUUGACAGGGGCAGAGAGCUGUACUGCCAGCUGUGUGGUGCCUGGUUUGAGACCAGGAAGGGCCUGUUGAUUCACACCCGUGCCCACCUGCGCAACCUGGGCGUCAGCAACCCAGAUACAAAGGGAUCACCAAUAGACAUGCUCCAAGGGCUUUUGGAGAGGGAAGGCAUCCAGACCUGCGUCCAACCUGGCCAGGGAACCCUGGGCCAGCUGGAGUGGACUCCUACUACCUCCACAGCUCUCUUCUUACUCCCUACAUCACCGCCUGCCAAGAAGGCCAAGCUGAAGGGCUCAAGUAUGGCCAGCCCCUGGAGGAAGCAGGACCUCUUGGCCGCUGGCACUUUCUGGGCCUCUGAGAAGGAGCCACCUUCUCUCAAUCUCUCUUCAGGCACAGAGUCAACAAGAAAUAUCCGCUGCGAAUUCUGUGGUGAGUUUUGUGAGAACCUAAAGGGCCUGUCCAGCCACGCUCGCUCCCACCUGCGCCUGAUGGGUGUGACUGAGUGGUAUGUGAAUGGCUCACCCAUUGACACACUGCAGGAGAUGCUGAAGAGAGGGACCCAAUCCAGGCCUGGUGGACACCGCCACCCACCAGGGCCUAACAAAAAAGCCCUAGCCAAGGUAGUGGGCAGUGAAGCUCCUGGCAGGUCACUAGAAGCCCAUAGUACCUCGGAUCUUCACAUUGCACCCUUGGCCAAGAAGUUGUCACCACCACCAGGCAGUCCCCUGGGCCACUCACCGACUGCGUCUCCUCCUCUCACAGCCCAGAAAAUGUUCUCAGGCCUUGCUAUGCCCUCCCUGCACAAGAAACUGAAGCCUGAACAAAUGAGAGAGAAGAUCAAGCAGGAAACACUGCCAGGGGCCCUUCAUGGGGAGCCUCACCCAUCUAAGGGUACACCUCAAGAAGAUAUGGCCCCAUUGAACCUGUCAUCCCGGGCAGAGCCAGUGCCUGACAUCCGAUGUGAGUUCUGUGGUCAGUCCUUCAAGAACCACAUAGGCCUGUCUAACCAUGCACGCUCCCACCUGCGCCAGAUGGGUGUGACCCAGUGGUCUGUCAAUGGCUCGCCCAUUGACACACUUCGGGAGAUCCUAAAGAUGUCCAAGCCGUGCCUCAUCGAGAAGGAGCCUCCAGCUGGAGAUCUAGCUCCUUCCGUCACUGAAGAUGGCUCCCCCACAGCAGCUGCUGGGGCUAUGCAUUCUGCACUGCCUCUGUCACCCUUGGCUAGCCAUCCAGGAACACCAGGAGCUGGACCAACCCAGGUUCCCCUGGAGCUCAGCCUGUUGUCGCCCAUCACAGGGGCUAAGCCUUCAGCUACCAGCUACCUGGGCCCAGUGGCGACCAAGCGGCCCCACCAGGAAGACGGCUUCCUCCCAGCAGAGGUCAAGGCCAACACCAACAUCCAGACUGAACUGCCCUUCAAGGCAAAGACUCUCCAUGAGAAGACCUCCACCAAGGCCUGCUGUGAGCUCUGUGGCCAUCAUUUUGAAAACCGCAAAGCCCUAGCCAGCCACGCAAGGGCGCACCUGCGGCAGUUCGGUGUGACAGAGUGGAGUGUCAAAGGCUCUCCCAUCGAGACGCUGAGUGAGUGGAUCAAACACUGGCCCCAGAAAGUGGACACCUACCGAAGCUACGUCCAGGCUGGCUGCCUCUUUACCAAGAAGGUCCGAAGCACUGGCCGUGGCCAUGACAAUGACAAGCAGCCUCCCUUGGGGCUGGCACCUGAGGCCCUGUCCCUGGUUGGCCGAAGUUCUGGAGAUGAACCAGGGCUUGAAACUGGCAGGGCAGCUAACAGUGGUGAACGGCCUCUGGCAACUAGCCCACCUGAGACUGUAACGCCUGAAGAACAUGAGGUGAAGGAUAUCAACAAAUUUGAACACCAACAAGCCCACCCCUCAGAUGCUUCAGCAGCUCGGGGUGGUGAGGAGGCCAGUGACCGGCAACAGAAGCUGGAAGAGGUUCGGAGACCGCGACGCCGACGCAGACGCCGGUUCAGGCUAGGCCCCUCCCGGGUGCGUCCCUCCUACCAGUCACCACUGGUCAAGAUUGUGGGCAAGAUCUGCAUCCUCAAGUGCAGGUUCUGUGAAAUGAAAUUCCGUGGCCCAUUCUCCAUCCAAGAAGAGUGGGUGCUGCAUUUACAGCAGCACAUUCUGGAGAAGAACUUCUCCAAAGCAGACCCUCUGCCUAAGGAGGCCCAGGCCCCAGAGGCACAGGCAGCAGCUGUAGAGGCACCCUAA